AUGAAGUUCUCACGGGCCAGGACUGUCUCUACAGACUUCGAGCUUCAAGAGCAGCAGAGCAACAGAUCCAGUUCAUGGGUACAAGGAUCACGAACUCCUCGGUCAUCUCGUCUCAAGUCUCUUACACCGAGGCUGCGUCUCCCCUUCGCAAUACUAGCUGGUUCUGCAAUCACAGCCGGAACCACCUAUGCAUUGGUCAAACACGUUCAACAUCUCAUCGCUAACGCUCAAGUCAGCUCGAAUCCCUCCGUAUGGAUACAGAAGGCUCGAGAAGACGGGUAUGGAGCUUGCUAUGAUGGAUGUGAUGACUGCCAUGAUGUGAACUUCGCAUAUGAUGCUUGCGAGAAGACUGCACGGGCAAUUGUUCCUGGUAUCAAUUGUAAUGGGAUUUUGAUGUGGAAUUGGGCAGAUCGAUACCCCAUGGAAUGUCUCAAAGCGCUGGGCGUGAUAUACAAAGCUGAAGCCUUGACGAGAAGGAAACAAACAUAUCGAAACCAACUUGCAGUCAUCAUCUUGACGGUCCUCGCGGGUGUUCUAGGAGCAGUACUCAUAUACUAUCUCUGGGGUCGCUGGUUUCCAGCCCAACCUCAACCACAAAGAUGGGCUGCCGCUCCUCCACCAUACACGUAUUCACCACAGUCUCGACGCACCACACGCCGCAAGAAAUGGCCCUUCUUCUGGCGCACGGCGACAACAACAUCUUUCUUCACCACCUCACACGCGUACCCCUGCUGGGGAUUCAGUCCCUCCGCCACCCAAUACUUCACAUCCACCAAUACGUCAGUCUCUCCUCCCAUUUCUGGCCUCAUCCACGGCUGGUCCUCAAGCUGCCACCAAGAGUCCUACGUCUGCGGCUCUACCUGCACAGUCUCAGGCUCGUCAAGCUCCAACGGCGGCUCCUCCACAACCUGCACUCCAGAAACCUGCUACCGAGAUGAUGAAGAUGAAACUCCUACUUUCUUUGUCAAUUGGACGGUGCCGAGGGUCGAGGGUUGUGGGUUUCGGUUGGUAGAUGCGGGGGAGGUGGCGAGUGAGGUGGCGAUGAGGGUGGGGAAUCCGUUGCUGGAGAGGAAUUGGAGGGUUAAGAUUAGUGUGAGUAGGUUUAAUGGGACGGAUGGGAGGACGGAGGAUGCGGUUUGGUGUCUUUGGGAUAUUGGGAAUCAUUGA